UUGCAUUCAGCUUUUACAUUAUAUUGUUUCCAUGUCAUCCACAGAAAUCACAGUUCCAGUUCCCUGGGGCCAUAUAGCUGCCAAAGCGUGGGGAACUCCAGGCAACCCAAGAUUGCUGGCAAUCCAUGGUCUGAAUGACAACGCAGGAUCAUUUGACCAGCUGAUGCCGCUGUUGCAAGACCAGCUGUACAUCAUAUGUUUGGACUUACCAGGACACGGUCUCUCAUCCCACUUCCCACCCGGACUCCACUUCUCUCUCCUGGACUUGGCUUGUUCCGUUAAACUCGUUGUGGACCACCUAAACUGGACAAGCUUCAACAUUCUAGCCCACAGCAUGGGAAGCACAGUGGCAAUCUACUUCACCGCUCUUUUCGGCGAGAAAGUAACUCACUCAAUCCUAAUCGACGGAUUUUUCCCAAUCGUCAUUCCCGGGGAAAAUUUUGUGCAAGAGCGUUGUCAAGUAAUCUUAGAGAAGUUUCUGCGACCCGUUAAACCUGGGAUGACUUACGACUUCAACGGAAGCAUCACCAAACUCAGGGAAGAACGGAUCAAACAUAUUAGUGUUCACGCGUUGAGAGCUCUCCAAAAGCGAGCUUUCACUCGUAGUGACAAAGGGUAUGUUUUCAAUAAUGACAAAAGAACAAAGCUAGUAGUGUACGGUUUGUUUACUGCUGGUUUCCAUUAUGGACUGUUGAAAUGUUUAGAUUGUCCGAUUCUCAUGAUAUUGACUUCGGAGUUUGAAGCCUCUUCGUUGUCUCACACUCCGACCAACCAAGGAUCUCUUGCCUUGUUGAGUCAGACUCUCGGCCCUAAGUUCAAGACAGUCAGGACCCCAGGCUCUCAUGAUGUCCAUAUGGACAGUCCAACACUCUUAGCUCCUGUCAUCAAACAUUUCCUCAUUCAUCCUGUCAGUCACUUGUGAAUUGUUUUCUACAAACUCCUGGCAUUUAAAAGGCAGGUGCCUAGGUGUUAUACUUGUACUAUUUACUUGCGGGUAUUGAAGUAGGCAUCCCAUCAGUAAAAACCCUCAGAAGCCAAUUUUAAAAUUUUCAUAACUAAA